UACUGAGGCGGGGGAGGGGACACUCCUCCCCAACGGCCUCAACCACUUCCCACCAAGUCCCAAAGGUCUGGUCCCGUCAAACUCGUGACACAAAAAAUCCCAUACUCACUGGAAAGUGGAGCCGGGUCCUGACCCCGGCCCGGCCCCGGGAAUUCGGCGGGUCUCCCACGGUUUCGGGGGAGGCGGCGGCUGGGACGCCAUCUCCUCCGCCUCUGCUCGGCUCCCGCUCUGCGCCUCGACAGUCCAGGCCGAGGUCCACUAGCUCCGCGCACGGCAGGCAUGAUAGGAUGAACGCCGAGCCCUCCACUUCGCCCACUCCUGCAGUCAGAACAAGGCUUGAGUUAUACUAAUUCAAUAUGUUUCCAUUGACUGAGGAAAACAAACAUGUGGCCUGGUUGUUGCUUAGUACUGGUACCUGUCCAAGAUGUAUCUUCAGAUUCUGUGGUGUGGAUUUUCAUGCACCUUACAAACUUCCCUACAAGGAGUUGCUCAAUGAACUACAGAAAUUUCUGGAUACUGAAAAAGAUGAAAUAAUUUUGGAAAUUCCAAACCCACCUCCCAAGAAAAUUCGACUACAAAAACCAGAAGAUGGAAUUGAUAGUCUGAGUCAAAAUGGAGAGGGAAUGAUCUCAGUUAUUGGAGAUGGAAACAUUGCUUCCAAGAACUCAAAUUUAAAAGUAUGCAAUGUAUGCUUAGGAAUUCUUCAAGAAUUCUGUGAAAAAGAGUUCAUUAAAAAGGUGUGCAAAAAGGUUGAGGCAUCUGGAUAUGAAUUUACCAAUUUGGUAUUUUCGGUCUCCUUCCCACCACAGCUAUCUGUAAGAGAGCACGCUGCAUGGUUGCUGGUAAAACAGGAAAUGGGAAAGCAAAAUCUGUCGCUGGGAAGAAAUGAUAUAGUUCAGCUAAAAGAAGCCUACAAAUGGAUAACUCAUCCCCUGUUUUCUGAGGAACUGGGUGUUCCCAUUGAUGGAAAGAGCUUGUUUGAAGUGAGUGUGGUCUUUGCUCACCCAGAAACAGUUGAGGAUUGCCACUUCCUAGGUGCAUUAUGUCCAGAUUGUUUCAAGCCAGCCAAAAACAAACAGUCAGUAUUCACUAGAAUGGCAGUUAUGAAAGCUUUGACUAAGAUAAAAGAAGAGGAUUUCCGCAAGCAGUUUCCUUGUCCUCCAAACUCACCAGAGGCUGUAUGCACUGUUCUUGAAAUUGAAUGUGCUCAUGGUGCUGUUUUUGUGGCUGGGAGAUAUAAUAAAUACUCCAGGAAUCUACCACAGACUCCUUGGAUAAUUGAUGGAGAAAGAAAGCUUGAAUCUUCUGUGGAAGAAUUAAUUUCACAUCAUCUAUUGACAGUAUUCAAAGCAGAGAGUUUUAAUUUUUCCUCCUCUGGAAGGGAAGACGUAGAUGUGAGAACAUUAGGAAAUGGAAGGCCCUUUGCAAUUGAGCUGGUGAAUCCUCAUAGAGUACAUUUCACUUCACAAGAAAUUAAGGAACUUCAGCAGAAAAUUAACAACUCGACUGACAAAAUCCAAGUACGGGACCUACAGCUUGUCACGAGAGAGGCAAUAGGACAUAUGAAAGAAGGUGAAGAAGAAAAGACCAAGACAUAUAGUGCCUUAAUAUGGACAAAUAAAGUAAUACAAAAGAAAGAUAUUGAAUUCCUCAAUGACAUAAAGGACUUAAAGAUCGACCAGAAAACACCUUUACGGGUCCUUCACCGAAGGCCCCUGGCUGUGAGAACUCGCCUCAUUCACACCAUGGAGACACACUAUGUGGAUGAGCAUCAUUUUCGCCUCUGUCUAAAAACUCAGGCUGGAACUUACAUUAAAGAGUUUGUACAUGGAGACUUUGGGAGAACCAAGCCGAACAUCGGCUCUCUGAUGAAUGUGACCGCAGACAUCCUUGAGCUGGAUGUGGAGUCUGUAGAUGUAGACUGGCCCCCUGCGCUGGACUGACUAGUUUUCAAAUUUGGAGACAAAGAGUAGGGUUUUCCUGGCAUCAUGUGGACAUUCAUUCAGCAUACACUGUAAAAUGGCUGUUUAUCCAUUGGAAACCACUUGGAUCAUGUUGAUCUAUGUUGUUUUUAUUUGCUAUAACAUCUCAGGUUCUAUAUAUGUCUAUAUUUUGUGUUACAUUGUUCUAAAGAUAGCUUUAUGAUUUUUCUCAUUCCCCUUCCCCCCCACAAACCAAAAGAUGAAAUGAAACCAUUCUUCCUUAGUUCUCUUGUUUAGAGGGUUAAGCAAACAAGAAUCAUUCUAUGUUAAUCGGAAAGCUGUAAUUUCUACCAGCAAGAUUUCCUUCCACAAAAGACAUACCACCUUUAAAAUCAUGUUCCAGAUUUUUAAAACUAUCUGAUAAAAGUUGUAUCUAGAUUUAUGCAGCACAGUACCCUAUAAUAGUCUAAGUUACCAAAUUCAACUUUGAGGUAAUUAAUACUUUUCCAAGUAAGCCUCAAGCUAUUACAAAAAAAAAAAAAAAAAAAAAAAAAAAAUUUAGCUUUGGGUAUCAUUUGUCACAAAUUUUAAGGACUUUAAGUUACUAUUUUGACAACCUCAAAUUGUCAAUAUAUUUCUUACGGAGGGAAAGUGAAAUUCUAGGAACUGAGGCAUACUGUAAGAGAAUUUCCUAAGUCUUAAAUAAGGAGACACAAGUGCCUACUACUAUUUAACAUAACUUGAAUUUCAGGGAUAAGAUUUUGAAAAACUGAGAUUGCUAAAGAAAGGUAAACAGUAUUAUUUCAGAAUGAAUUAAUAUAUUAUCCCAUAUCAAACAUCUAAAUAAGGUAAAUAGGAUGAGUAUUAUCUCCAUUUUACAAAUAUGGAAACCAAAGAACGUAAGUUAAAUGACUUGAGUAAAAUUGUUACUUGCUUCUGUAUCUAGGGCUACUACCAAAGUCUCUAGGGAAAAACCCUAUUAUUAGGCACCAAGAUUUGAAGGAGGCACUAAGGAUGCUAUUUAAACUCACAUAAUCAUGAAUUUUAAAUGAUUUUGGAAUUUAGGUACCAAAUCGAGCUUACCAAAAAAUAGCCCAAGUAUAUUUCAUACAGUCUCAUAUAACUACUAUUUGUAAAUUAUCAGUUGAUAUUUUGAAUAGAAAAAACAGAUUUGGCAGAUUAAGUAAGCCAAACCUAAAGAACACGGAUGGGUCAGUAAGACAAAAGUUUCAGAAAGGAGUCUCAUUAAAAUUUUAAAUUGAAGUAUAAUUUCUACCACCCUGAGUUAAACAUUUGAGCUUGUUAUACAACGCUUGUGACUUGAACAGUAUUACAUUACUCACUGUUUCCCAUCUCUACAUAGAUACUCAGACGUAUUAUUCACUUUAGAAAUCAGGAAAAUGGUUAAGACUGUUAAUUUAAUUGACAUGAAAAUGUCAGUCUAGCACUUUGAAACUAUGUUUUAUAUGUGAGUAACUGAAUUUUCAAUACCAGAAAAUGAUAAAGUGAAACAGAAAUAAACUUUUGAUUAAAAGGCAA